GGAGGUAUAGAAUGGUCUUACUAAUUUCAACUCGAAUUAAUAACAAAAUAUUUAUAUUAUUGAGAAAGUAAGCCCUCAAAUCGACCUGGAUAUUAGCAACGGGGCAGCGAAUCAUACUCACCCCCGAGGGAUAUUGGUCUCCUGUCCGGGGAGUCCUCCAUUUGAAACCACAAAUACCGGCAACCGGCUUUUUCACACCGGAACCAAAUCAAUACCAUGGUUAACCAAAGAAGUCUUCCGACGAGCAAUGGACCCCCGCCAAGUGCCGGUGGCGGAUCCUCUCGUUUGGCCUUGUGCCUCAUUCAUUUUGUGCUGGCCAUCAUCUCCGGCUGGGGCCUGAAACGGAGCACCGGCAGCAAGGCGCUGGCCGCUUUCGGAAUCUACUUCGGUCACAGUUUGCUCUGCCUGCUUAGACACACGCACCCCAAUCCGGGCGCAGUGCAGCGACUGUUGUGCGACAAGUCCAGGCGCUACUCCAGCGUCCUGUUCGUCACCCUGGUGGUGGGUGAGCUACAGGCCGUAAAUCCCGCCACGCGGAUGGGUGACUUCUUUGGCGCAGACUGGGAUCGCCUGGCCUUUGGACUCUGGAGCGGAGUUCUAGCACUGGCAGUCACCAGUUUGUGGUUCGGUGACAGUCGCAGUUCGCUUGGCGCCACAUUCGUCAGACUGGAUGCCGCUCAAUUGGGCCUGUGUGUCCUGUGGAAUGUCCAUUGCCUGUGGCGCAUUGCCGUCGUCGAUGAGCACUGGUGGGCGCUCGGCCUGGCUUCGCUCGUCCUGCUCAACCACUUUGUUCUGUGGCGCCUGCCGCUGCACUAUAACAUCACACAGCUGGAAGUGGCCACCGUGGGCAUGUGCUUCAGCACCAUCUUUGCACUGAAUGCCAUCCAGGAGCAACAUGACGCGGUGGCCAGCUGAAGGCUACUCAUCUGGCUGCCGGGGACUGGUGCCUUGGCUAGCCAGGCCCAAAUCACACAUUUUCAUUCUAGGCUUGACUAUAAAUAACUAGCUGUACGUUGUUGAUCAAUACCUUUGUUUAAUAAACCAGUGCUCCCUAUUUGCAACCAUA